GUUGUUCCGCCCUGACAACUUCGUUUUCGGACAAACUGGCGCCGGAAACAAUUGGGCUAAAGGACACUACACGGAAGGUGCGGAGCUGAUCGACAGCGUGCUGGAUGUUGUGAGGAAAGAAGCCGAGGGCUGCGACUGCAUGCAAGGGUUUCAGCUGUGCCACUCGCUUGGAGGAGGCACUGGAGCCGGAAUGGGCACUUUGCUGGUCUCAAAAGUGCGUGAGGAGUAUCCUGACAGAAUCAUGGAAACCUUCUCGGUGAUUCCGAGCCCGAAAGUUUCCGACACAGUCGUGGAGCCGUACAAUGCUGUGCUGAGCUUCCACCAGCUCGUGGAAAACUCUGAUGAGUCCUUCUUGUUGGAUAACGAGGCCCUGUACGACAUUUGCUUCAGAACACUGAAGCUCACCACGCCGACGUAUGGUGACUUGAACCACCUUGUGUCCGCGGCCAUGAGUGGCGUCACUUGCUGCCUGCGUUUCCCGGGCCAGCUGAACUGCGACCUGCGCAAGAUUGCCGUGAACCUGGUACCCUUCCCGCGGCUGCACUUCUUCAUGACAGGCUUCGCACCGCUGACUUCGCGCGGCUCGCAGCAGUACCGGGCUCUCACGGUCCCGGAACUGACACAGCAGAUGUUUGAUGCGAAAAACAUGAUGUGUGCAGCCGAUCCGCGUCAUGGGCGCUACUUGACGGCGGCAGCACUCUUCCGCGGCCGAAUGUCUACGAAAGAG